GAGAGGGUAAGUCUGUCAUACCGAGAUGAAGAGAGAGAGAGAUGUGGGUCACUGUAAACAUCUGUCUGUAUCUUUUCCUUACCUGCAUCUCAGCUACCUUUAUUCCCAGCUCAAACUCCUGUCAGAUCCAGGGACACUUUAAGCUGAAUGGGAUGUACCAGGAUGGAGAUUUUCUUAUUGGAGGCCUAUUUGAGGUUCAGCAUCUCAAAGUAUUUCCAGAACUGAGCUUCAGAAAAGAGCCAGAACAGCCCCAGUGUGAAGAAUUUUAUAUGUCAAGCUUCCAGCAGGCACAGACCAUGAUUUUUGCUAUAGAUGAGAUCAAUAAGAAUCCCAACCUGCUGCCAAACAUCACUCUUGGUUAUCAUCUGUAUGACAACUGUUUAAAGCUUGUGGUGGCAUUCAGGGCAUCCACGUCUCUUAUCAGUGGAACAGAGGGGACCAUCUCCAACCACAACUGUACCGGUCCACCACCAGUGAUUGCUAUUGUUGGAGAUCCAGGGUCCACUCACUCCAUUGCUCUUUCUAGUUUGCUGGGUCUGUUUCGAGUUCCAAUGGUUAGCUACUAUGCCACCUGCUCCUGUUUAAGUGACAGGAAGAAAUAUCCCUCCUUCUUCAGAACUAUCCCCAGUGAUGCCUUCCAGGUUCGAGCUAUGAUUCAGAUCUUGAGACAUUUUAGAUGGACCUGGGUUGGCGUUAUAUAUAGUGAUGAUGAUUAUGGCAUCUACGCUGCUCAGUCCUUCCAGCAGGAGAUGCAGCUGUUUGGAGGUUGUGUGGCAUUUUCUGAAAUAAUGCCUUAUGAUAAUCACCGGGACAUUAAGCGAAUUGUGAGAGUGAUUAAGGAAUCUACAUCCAAGGUAGUUGUGGCGUUCUCAACCGAUCUGUUAGCCCUGAUGGAUGAGUUAUUGCUGCAAAAUGUGACAGGCAGACAGUGGAUUGCAAGUGAGGCUUGGACCACCUCACCUGUGCUUCACUCUCCACGUUAUGUACCUCUUGUUGCUGGCACACUGGGUAUUGCCAUCCGACGUGGAGAGAUUCAGGGACUGGGUGAUUUUCUACAACACCUUCGUCCUGACAAUGAUCCCAGAAAUAAUUUGGUGAGAGUCUUUUGGGAACACAUGUUCGGGUGCAGGUUUGAGACUGGAGACAGUGAGAGAGAAAACAUGUGCACAGGGCAAGAAGAUCUGAGCAGUACAAUUAAUGAAUAUAAUGAUGUAUCAGAGCUAAGGGCCUCCUAUAAUGUGUACAAAGCAGUUUAUGCCCUGGCACAUGCACUUCAUGACCUGAUGCAGUGUGAGGAGGGGAGAGGACCUUUCAGUGACAACACCUGUGCUGACAUAACAAACCUGCAGCCCUGGCAGCUUGCUCACUACCUACAGAAGGUACACUUCACCACAGGAUUUGGAGACCGUGUGUCAUUUGAUGAGAAUGGAGAUGCUCUGGCCAUCUAUGAUGUGAUGAACUGGCAGCCGAGCUCUGAUGGGUCAAUCAUCGUCCGCACAGUCGGUGUGGUGGAUGAAGGGGCGGCAACAGGGAAGGUGCUCACACUGGAUGAAGAUGCAUUAUACUGGAACUUUGAGACAAGAAAACCUCCACGGUCUGUCUGCAGUGAGAGCUGCCCACCAGGCACCAGACGAGCCAGGAGGAAAGGCCUUCCUGUCUGCUGUUUUGACUGUCUGCCCUGUGCAGAUGGAGAGAUUUCUAAUACAACAGAUUCUACUGAAUGUAUACUGUGUCCAGUUGAAUUCUGGUCAAAUCCAGAAAAGGAUCGCUGCAUUCCUAAAGAAGUGGAGUUUCUGUCCUAUGAGGAACCUUUGGGCAUCUCCCUGACCACUGCUUCUCUGAUCGGCACCUGCUUCUGUGCUGUUGUCAUGAUCAUCUUCGGUCAUCACCGCAACACUCCAGUUGUUCGAGCCAAUAAUUCAGAGCUCAGCUUCCUGCUGCUGCUGUCACUCAAACUGUGUUUCCUGUGUGUGCUGUUGUUUAUUGGCCGACCACAGUUGUGGACAUGUCAGUUAAGACAUGCUGUGUUUGGCAUUAGCUUUGUUUUGUGCGUCUCCAGCAUUCUGGUCAAGACUAUGGUGGUAAUAGCCGUGUUUAAGUCAUCUCGACCAGAGGGUAAAGGUGCUAUGAAAUGGUUCGGAGCAGCCCAACAAAGAGGCACAGUCUUGGUACUAACCACUGUCCAGGUGGUGAUAUGUGUAGUCUGGCUAUCAACUGCAUCUCCAACACCACAUAAAAACACAAUGUAUAUUCGCUCUAAAAUAGUAUACGAGUGUGCUAUUGGUUCAGUGGCAGGUUUUGCCAUUUUGCUUGGCUACAUUGGCCUCCUAGCAGCUGUGAGCUUUAUGUUAGCUUUUCUUGCAAGGAACCUUCCAGAUAACUUUAAUGAAGCAAAGUUCAUUACCUUUAGUAUGUUGAUCUUUUGUGCUGUAUGGAUCACGUUUGUUCCAGCUUAUGUCAGCUCACCAGGGAAAUAUGCAGUGGCUGUGGAGAUUUUUGCCAUCCUGGCUUCUAGUUUUGGACUGCUGGUGGCCAUAUUUGCCCCGAAGUGCUACAUCAUCCUCUUACAUCCAGAGAGAAACACUAAAAAAGCUGUCAUGGCCAGACACACUGAAAAAAAUAAAUGA